CUGAAGAUUUAUUUUGACCAUGGUGAUAUGCUGCUGCUAAGAUGCUGCACCGUUGGGAAUCGGGAUCGCGAACUGACUGCCCUGAUACGACGACUCGAGUAUGUUACCAAAGGUGAUGAAGCCAAAGAAGUGGUUUACCGACGGGCAAAAACAUCCGAUAGUCUAGGCUUUCAUCUGCAGGAGGAAGGCGUUGUUACGGAUGUUGAAAUGUACCGUACAGCUUGGCGGUGUGGUCUGAGGCAAGGAUCACGUAUUGUUGAGAUUGAAGGUAAACCGAUCGUUACACUGAGUUACAAUGAAAUCGCUGAUAUAAUGGCAAAGCGAACAGCAUUCCGUCUGAUUAUGAUUUCACCGGCAUCGGACGGUUCUCCAAGACGUGGCUGCGCGGAUCCCCACUGUCCAGCUGUGAGCGGCGAUGAACGAUUGCUUUUGACUCCAGAAACUUUUGCCAAACGCACAAUUGAGUAA